GUCGGUCGAUCCCCCGGAGGCGUCUGGCGUGGGGCCCUCACGGGUUUCCCCGGGAAGAAACAGCAGGGGCAGGCGUUCUUACCUCUAGGCCGUACUUGCGGUCGGUAACAGGGCGGGGGGCAUCGGUCGGGUUGCCAGGAAAGGGCUUCCCCAGGCGGGCGCCUGGGGCUCUGUCAGGCCGGCGGGGUGGCUGCAGUGGGCCCGGCUGGGCAUGGAUCUGUCCCUGUCACGCAUGUAGAUGUCUGGUUAUCGUUGCCUGCUCUGAUGUCACAGUUAAUUGGGGGGGGAAAAAAAAAAAAAAAAAGGCAAUGCUGUGAAGAAGUCUGUCUUUUAGUACCGUCGGUGGGAGCGGAGGAGUCUCAGCGCUUUGUGAAGCCGAGCCCUGGAUAUCCCAUGGAAAUGGAGCAUCAAAGCAUUGCGGGGAAGGGUGCAGGAGGUGGGAGGUUUGUCUUGGCUGUGUUUCGUGCCGCUCAGUUUGUCAGCGGUAGAUGAAGUUUUAGUCAGUACUUACAGAUGGCAUCCUCCAGGCAAAGAGAAGAUUUCAAACCCCAUUAUUUCCUAUGGAAAAAUGAGCUGGAGUGCUCUUGUUAGUCACCCUGAGCUUUCCUUUUUUUGUCUGUCCUCUACGCAGGCUGUAAGAUUUCUUUUUCUUCACUUACAUAUUUAUUCAGUAGAAGUAAAUGUUGCAUUGCAGCUUUUGAUGGAGACAGCUGGAGACUGUAGGAAGACACAUGCCAGAGUGAAUCCCAAUCCCCUGACACACCUGCAAGAGGUGGAACCCCACGUGGCAAAGCGGCGCUUGGCACAGGCACGCCACCGGGCUACGCUGGCAAGACUCUUCAGCGGAUUGCGGGAAGCUGUUUUAUCCCAGUCAGACAACUCAGCCUUAAAGUAUCAGGUUUUGCGUAAGGCUAAGAAAUCUAUCCAGAAGCUGGAGCAAACCUUGGGUUCUUUUCUGAAGAUGAAAGAGUCCUUCAGUCUGGAGGAUGGGAACCCAUCCAGCUUGGAGGAAGUCAGGGAGGAAUAUGUCAAGAGGCACUUCAACAAUCACAGCACUGCACCAGCCUUGGAAGCUGUGAGUGAGAGUGACUCUACCGUCUGGUGUCUGACUGGAGAAUGUGAAAAACAAACACUGGAAGAGGAUGGGAAGCCAGAAUUGAUCCAGUCUUCAGAGACUUCAUCCCCAGAUCUGGUGGAAUUUGAACGAUACCUGUAUUUUUAUAAGCACACAGUGGACCUGCUGAUAGAGCAUGGAAUUGUUCGCACUGAGGAGGUGCCUCUUCCUGAGGUCUCCACAGCUAUUUCCCACCUCUGGCAAGAGCUUUCUGAAGAAAGGAGAGACAGCAUCUUGCAGUACUGUAGCCAGAGAGAUUUCCUCAUGGAUCCUGAGGCUGCUUGUCAAGAGCCUGCAUGCACUGAAGGUAGUGUGAGGGACAGCCGAGGUAACAGUGAGGAAGCCAGUGGUUCCUCAGUCUCCACACCAGAGGAAGUAAUGUUUGAAGAUGCAUUUGAUGUUGCUGCUCGUUUCCUUGACAGAAGCGAGACUCAGGGAAUGUCUAGCCAGAGUUCAGCAUUUGCAAGCUGCACUUCUGAAAGUCCAGAGGAUCACCACAGACUCUAUCUGCAGAUCACUGACUUCCUGAAAAGCCUUUUCUUUGCUAAUACACAGUUUUGCCAGGAAGAAGAUCUUCAGUUCGAUUAUGAGACUGUGAUGCUGAGGUGCACUGAGACCUUCGAUGAUGAAGAUUUCUAAACAGUAUCUCUGUUUGCUAAUGUUUUGCCAAGCGUUGCUGGGUAUGCCACGCACGUGAAGAGACUGCACCUCUUUCAGUGAAGCCCCUCUCUGAGCAGAGUGUGGAGACACUGUGUUAAAGUGGUUUGUUACCGUUGACUUCCCAUUCCCUCAUCAGUGCUUCUUGAUAUAUCAGUUGAGUAAUUUAUAGCUUUAAAAGUUCCAGGUUUUAGGUAUUUAUAAAAUCUUAAGAAAUA